GAAGUAUUGGUAGGAAGGAACUGUAAAAAUUUGAACACAAGAAAAGUGUUGAACACCCUCUCCUCUCCUUUCAAACUGCUUAACCAAAGGAAUGUAGUAGGACUCUUCUUCUUUUUUAUUUUGUAAACAUUAUUAUACUCUUUCCAUCUUCUUUGCGUUUUUCUCUCUAUCUCUCUUUCUUUUUUUUGGUUCCAUCAGAGAUCAUUCAUAAAGCCGAUCAUUCAUCAAGCCAGCUUGAUUGUGACUAUCCUAUAUCGAUUCUUGCAUCAACUAUCUUGAAGGGAAAGAAAGAUGAAUGGUGAGGCACGGUCAAGGGUAGUACUGGACCAAGAAGCUGGCUCAACUCCAUCUACUUUGAGAGAUGAAGAUCAUCCAUCGACCCAAAGGCUGUUCCGAUGUCUCCCUUAUGAUAUAGAUCUCAAUCCCCUACGUAUUGUAAUAGCGGAAUUGGUGGGGACAUUCAUUCUAAUGUUCAGUGUGUGUGGGGUCAUAAGCAGUACCCAAUUAUCCGGUGGCCACGUUGGAUUACUAGAGUACGCUGCCACCGCUGGAUUAUCGGUGGUGGUCGUGGUUUACUCCAUCGGACACAUCUCCGGCGCCCAUCUUAACCCUUCAAUCACCAUUGCUUUCGCCGUAUUUGGUGGCUUUCCGUGGUCUCAGGUUCCGUUAUAUAUAACGGCGCAAACAUUGGGGGCAACUGCAGCAACAUUAGUUGGGGUGUCAGUCUACGGAGUAAACGCUGACCUUAUGGCAACAAAACCUGCGUUAAGCUGGGUUUCUGCAUUUUUCGUUGAACUCAUAGCUACGAGCAUUGUCGUAUUCCUCGCCUCUGCUUUGCAUUGUGGUCCUCAUCAAAAUUUGGGUAAUUUGACGGGGUUCGUGAUUGGAACAGUCAUUUCCCUUGGAGUGCUUAUUACCGGACCAAUUUCAGGAGGAUCGAUGAACCCUGCUCGAUCACUAGGACCGGCGGUGGUGGCAUGGGAUUUUGAGGACUUAUGGAUUUACAUGACGGCUCCGGUGAUUGGAGCCAUCAUCGGUGUUUUGACAUACAGAUCAAUUAGCCUCAGAACCAGGCCGUGCCCUUCUCCACUUUCCCCUCCCGUUUCUUCACUUUUACGUUAAUUAAUCACCUCAAAAUCUAGUUAACCUACAAAUAAACACUUUUUACUCUACGUUUAUUAUAGCCCGUUGGGCCUCGGUAGAGACUACUAAUAUAUAAUUCUAUGCCACAUGGACUUAUUUUAUAAGAAUAAGUUCAUAUGAUUCUGUGAAAGUAAUGCUUAAUUUACAUAUCUUUUUAAUUGUUUUUGCGUUACAUUAGAGGAGUACUGUGCCUUCUGCCUUGUGCUUCUUUUUCUUUUUGAAGAA